GAGCAGUGACUGUGAGCAGGCGUUUCUUCCUCCACUGGUCUCGGUCUUUGCCGCAAAUAUCCGCUCGCCCCCCUUCUCGGCCUCGGGCUCUCACUCACCCUCGACCCUCCUCGCGCAGCGCAGCCGCACGCGCGCCAUGGCGGCGCUCUGCUCCGCCUCCCCGGCCAUCUCCGCGGCGGCGUCCCUCGGGUCGCCCGCGCGCGUGGUCGCGUCCUUCCUCCGCCUGCGCCUGCGCCUGCGCGCCGCCAAGCGCUCCUGCUCCCACGCGCCGGCGCCGUCGUGGCGGGCGCGACGGCGCUUCGCGGCGGCCGCGGCGGAGGCGGAGGAGUGCUCGGGUGUGGAGACGCUGAUCCCGCCCGACAAUCGCAUCCCCGCCACCAUCAUCACCGGCUUCCUCGGCUCUGGCAAGACAACUUUACUGAAUCACAUCUUGACUGCCCACCAUGGAAAGCGAAUUGCUGUUAUUGAAAAUGAGUUUGGAGAAGUAGACAUUGAUGGCUCACUAGUCGCUGCACAAACCGCUGGAGCUGAGGACAUAAUGAUGCUAAAUAACGGCUGCCUUUGUUGCACUGUGCGUGGUGAUUUAGUCCGUAUGAUUGGUGAAUUGGUGAACAAGAAGAAGGGGAGGUUUGAUCAUAUUGUUAUUGAAACCACAGGUCUAGCGAAUCCAGCACCCAUUAUACAAACAUUCUAUGCAGAGGAUGUAGUUUUUAAUGAUGUCAAGCUGGACGGUGUUGUUACUUUAGUUGACGCAAAGCAUGCUAGACAGCAUUUGGAUGAAGUAAAGCCCAAGGGUAUAGUCAAUGAAGCAGUUCAGCAAAUUGCCUAUGCUGACAGAAUUAUAGUUAACAAGAUUGAUCUUGUCAAAGAACCUGAAGUGUUGUCCUUGGUUGAGCGUAUAAGGGGUAUCAACCACAUGGCUAAUUUGAAGCGAGCUGAGUAUGGUAAAGUUGAUUUGGACUAUGUUCUUGGAAUUGGAGGAUUUGAUCUGGAGAGGAUUGAGAGUGCUGUUGCUGAAAAGUCACAUGAAGAUCACGCAGAGCAUGAUCAUGAACACCAUGAGCAUGAGAAUGAACACGACCAUGACCAUCAUCACCAUCAUGAUCAUGAUCAUGAUCAUCAUGCACAUGACCACACUCAUGAUCCUGGUGUUUCUUCUGUGAGCAUUGUUUGCGAAGGGGAGAUGGAUCUUGAAAAGGCUGACAUGUGGUUGGGGAACCUACUGCUGGAACACAGCGAGGAUAUAUACAGGAUGAAAGGUCUGCUUUCUGUCAGUGGAAUGCCGCAGCGAUUUGUCUUUCAGGGAGUCCAUGACAUUUUCCAGGGAUCUCCUGAGAGAAUGUGGGAGCCAAAUGAGCCGCGCAUCAACAAGAUUGUCUUCAUCGGCAGGAACCUCAAUAAAGAAGAGCUGGAUAAGGGGUUCAAGGAUUGCCUACUGAAGAAAUAGAGUGAUUUCAGAAUAGUCGGGAUAUAGAUCUCCAGUUUUGGCCUUCUUCGAAUGUAGUCAGAUUCACAUCAAUUCAUAUCUGUUGGAGUGGAUUGAAGACAGUGAAGCUUGAACUAAAUUCUACCCCAAUUCAUCCGACAUAUGUAGAUUAAGGUGAAUCCGACAACAUCUAAACAAGGCCUUCAUGAUUUUGAGUUUUGUGGCCGCAGAACUUAUCCUCGAUAUCUGACAUGACAUGUAACGAGAGAUGUAUCGAAUCGAUAGCAUUAUUGCAACCUUGCAUCCUCACGAAAUAGUCUAUCAUAGUUUUAUUGCACGGUGUUGCAAUGUAACCAAUAGAGAUUAUUAUAGGAUGUCUUUGUCUCUGUGAUACGAGGAAAUCAUAUUGCAUGGUAUAAUAUACUAUUGAAUGUGUUAGCAAUCAGGAGUUGUUUAAAAUUAACAUUUUUGUUUAA